AUGGCGGCAAAUUCAAGUGAUGAAUCAACAUGUUCGCUGCAAGAGAUUGAUCAAACCAAUGACGACUUUAUUGAUCUAAUCCAAUCGUACUUAACCAAAAAUCUUGCAACAGAAAUUGAAACAGUAUUAUUAGGGGAAGAUCCAAGACGCCAUUAUCCUAUCAAUAUUGAUGUUUUCUUCUUGGCCAAUACAGUUCAAGAGAUCUUACCGUUGUUGUUGGACCGACCCCAAUUUUUAUUAUCAACUUUGGACGAAGCAGUCAAGCGAAUCCAGACCGAUAUUAUUCGACAUAGUGGAAAUGAUCGGCUAACAAUCAAGAAAAAUAUCCAUUCGAGAUUGCACAACGCAGAUUAUGCUAACGUCAAGGAAAUCUAUCGCUAUAGCAUUCCACAAUCAGAAGAUGUAGGACGUUUUGUUUCCAUAACAGCCAACGUUGUUCGAGCUGGCAUAGCUAAGGUACUCGAAUACGAGAAAACAUUUGUCUGUUCCGAGUGUGGAUUAAACUUUAAAGUACCUGUUGAACUAGAGAGAAAUUUUGUCAUUAAAAAACCAACAAUUUGCCCAUCGAUUGAUGGCUGCACCUCGCGUAAAUUUAUACCAAUGACCAAUGGUGAAUCGACAUCUCCAUCAAAUCGUGACUAUCAAGAAAUUGUCAUUCAAGAACAAGUACAGAAAUUACCCCUGGGAACGAUCCCUCAGUCAAUAAUAGCUGUCUUAGAGGAUGAUUUAGUUGACUCUUGCAAACCUGGAGAUGAUGUUACCCUGACCGGGCUCAUUUGUCGUAGAUGGAGAUUUUUAUCAACUGAUCAACGGUGUGAUGUGGAAAUCGUUCUCAAAGUCAAUCAUAUACAAGUUAAUAAUGAACAGCGCACUCGAAUUGCUAUUACGCCAGAACUUGAGCAACAAUUUAUUCAGCAUUGGCAAAAUUAUAAAGAAAAUCCAUAUGCAGGACGAAAUUUUAUUCUAUCCUCCUUUUGUCCACAAGUUUAUGGUAUGUACAUAAUCAAAUUAGCAGUAACCUUAGUUUUAAUUGGAGGAGUUCAAAGAAUAGAUUCAUCUGGCACAAAGAUUCGUGGAGAAUCUCAUCUACUACUUGUCGGAGAUCCAGGAACUGGUAAAUCACAGUUUUUAAAAUAUGCUGCUAGAGUGAUGCCGAGAUCAGUUUUAACCACCGGUAUCGGCUCCACUAGCGCAGGAUUAACCGUAACCGCUGUCAAAGAUUCAGGAGAAUGGCAAUUGGAAGCUGGCGCUUUAGUACUUGCUGACGGCGGAUUAUGUUGUAUUGAUGAAUUCAACAGCAUUCAAGAACAUGAUCGCACAAGUAUACAUGAGGCGAUGGAACAGCAAACGAUAAGUGUUGCUAAGGCUGGCUUAGUCUGCAAAUUAAACACACGAACUACUAUUCUUGCUGCAACUAAUCCUAAAGGCAAUUAUGACCCUAACGAAUCUGUAAGCGUUAACGUCGCACUGGCUAGUCCUCUUCUUAGCCGAUUCGAUCUAGUAUUAAUUAUGAUGGAUAAUUUUAAUGAAAGUUGGGACAAACUGGUAUCAUCGUUUAUCUUGAAUAGCCGAUCUCUUGACACAAGUGAAUCAGAGCUAUGGAAUAUGACGAAAUUACGAGCUUAUCUCUGCUACGUGAAAAAAUUCAAGCCAAAAAUGACUGCGUCAAGUAGUCUAAUUCUCUCGCAAUAUUAUCAAAAACAGAGGCAGUCUGACCACAAGAAUUCUACCAGAACAACUUUAAGACUUUUAGAAAGUAGCGUUAGGCUAGCUCAAGCUCACGCGAGACUAAUGAUGAGAAAUGAGGUAACAGUUGCUGACGCUGUGGUAUCCGUUAUGUUAAUCGAGUCAUCAAUGCAUGGCGGAGCUUUACUUGGUGGUGCAAACGUUUUACACUCGUCAUUUCCUGACGAUCCUGAUGAUGAAUUUAAGAAGCAGUGUGAAUUUGUACUACAGAGACUUGAUUUAGGCCAUUUG